AUGUCAUCCAACGAAUGUGGAGUGGAAACAAAUGCGGCCAAAAUUGUUACUGCCUCAAAUUUGUAUGAUUCUGUUCUGUAUGUGAUAGCAAAAAAGUCAAGUAGUAAAAGAAGAAAACGUUCAACAGAAGAAACAUUGGAUGUGUCAAAUUUUGGUUAUGAAACAAGCCCCGAUGAUUCGAUUUACAAUUUUACUUGGCCCACAAAAUCCGGAAAAACUAAAAUACAAGCCGAACGUAACUGCAAAAAAGUAAUUUGGGAUGAAAAUCCAAUAAAAGAUUAUUGUCAUAACGUUCCCAAACCAAAAGUUGAUCAAAUAGUUGAGAAAUGUGUUCAAGAUAUACAGAUAACUGACAAUUAUGAUAUGGCAGAAGAUAAACUACCGGAAAUAUUAACACUCUGUCAAAUACAAACGGCGAGUUUCCCGACAAGCAGUUCACCAGCUCCAUCUCCAAACUUACAGCUAAACAUAACCGACAUUCUUGACGAAAGUGUUCCUGAAAUUAGUUUGCCAAUCUUACAAAAACUAGCCAAUAUUGAAAAUUCAUUCUGCUCUGGCAAAUAUUACAUAAGUUCAGACUGUUCAAUGUUGGCAACCACGGUUCCGGAAAUAAAAGGAUUGAAAUCAAGUGAUUUAUGUGAUGUGAGAGACACUGGCAAGGGCAAAAAUUCAAUUUUAUUAUUUGCAAUAAAUACUUCAAGUGCAGCCGGUGAAAUUCAGUGUCAUUAUGAAGUUGAAAAGUUGAAUCUGGCAACAAAUUUAUUCGAUGGAAAAACUUCGUCAAAACAAAAUGGAACUUACGAUAAUAAAAAUACUACCAUCUGUCCACAACCUGAUGCUUUUGAAAAAAGUUUUAUUACCAACUACAAAUUUUCCAGUGGAGUUACGUUUUCUUCUUUAUCGGAAGGAAGGCCAGCUCUUAAAGUUACAAUAAAAUUAAGCAACAAAAACGGAGAGAUUUCUAAUGAAUCUGCAACUUAUUUUCUGUUUGAUUCCGUGUGCUACGAUUGCACAGUUGAUAGAUGCACCGAAAAGAAAAAUGCUUGCAUAAUAAAUGGCUACUGUUUCAAAAACCAAUCCUCAAAUCCUGACAAAUCAUCUGAAAUAUGCAAUCCUCUCUUAUCAAAUUCGUCAUGGACCCUAGGUAUUAUUGCCAACUAUCAUACAUUUUUCAACGCAGUAACAAUUUAUAAAAUAAACAUCAGCAACGUCGAGCGCGAGCAAUCGAAUGUUUAUGAAAUUGCAAAUGGAGCGCCCUGUCAUUCAGGAUCAAAAAAGUACCUGUUGUUUGUAGUUGGAGGAAAUCAAUUGAAAAUUAAUUAA